GUCAUUGUUUGAUGCACUUCAGAACACUCGGCCUGAAUGGAUUCUUCUACUCAAACGCGCGUUAUCGUACGUGUUCGUGUCACGGACAUUCCUGGAAAACCACUUAGACGUCAUACCACUCUUGCGGAAAUAUUUUGCAACCAAGUUCUCCAUCGACCUCUAAAUCCACAACCAAAUCCUUCUUGCUAUGAUGGGAUGCAUAUUCCGGAAGGGAUCGAUUCCGACAACCCAGUAAAGCGGUGGCUUAUCUACGAUAUCAAUGUACAAGGUCCGCUCAAUCAGGAGGAACUACUCGACAUUCCACAUAAAGUCUUUCUAGCCUGCAAAAAUGGUGAAGAAUUGACCUUCAUCCCGCGAGAAAUUUGGACGGAAGAAGCCAAGUUACGUUGCAAAUCAUACUGUUGGGGUGGACGGACGGAGCAGAUGCUUAUCGCUACUAUGAGAGAGCAGGAGAGUAAAGUUGUUGGCCAGAAAACUGAUUGAAUUGGUGAUCUUGACCCUGGAUAGUUCCACCGCAAUCCUAGGAACGGUAUUCAUGAGCUCUCGGGUGGAAUUUCUCCUUUACAUUCAGGACAGUUCUCAUCCGGCUCGUCUUCCUGCACUACAUGCACAUCUUCUUGGUUGGCUGGCGGGCAAAGUUGGCCACUUAGAAUUGCCGCGGUGCACCUUGCGAAAUGUUUCACCCUCGUUCUUUCUUCACCUCGAUUCUCAUGCCGUCCGGAGCAUUGAAACACGGCGCGAACUCUUUGGCACAUCUGGUAUAAUGUCAGUACCUACGUUUAAUUAACGCAAAUGGAUCAU